AUGAAGAGGACUAUUCAAAGUCCAAGCAAACCGAAACUAAGUCAACCUACUCAAUCAAAGAAUCCUCAGAGGAGCUUAGGAUCUGUAAGCUUCUCUCAAAGCACUUUAAACACCAAGAGUAAAACAAAAUUCAGCGUGGCGAGCAGAUCUUCAAUUCCAAAGCCCUCUCUCAAGCAAGUUAGAAGAAAUGUGAUCAGCAAAUCAUCAGAAGUUCCAUCAGUAUCCCUCUCACAAAAUUCUGUUGUUGGAAAGUCCAAAGAUGGCCCUAUGACUUCAUCAGAUGUGGCUAUGCUUGGUCAUGCAUCAAUUUCCGCCGACUCUGAUGUAAUUACUAUGGACACCACGUUAGUUCAAAGUUCUCGCAGUAAAGUUGGAAACACGCAGCCUGCAGUUUCACGACUGGGAAAGCCAUCAGGUUUAAGAGCGCCGUCACCUUCAAUUGGCUAUUUCAGUCAGUCGGAUUCUCAACCGUCACACAGUUCAGGAGACAAACAUAGCCAGCCUUCAGCUUCUUUGAUUCCUACCUUCAACAAACCCCAAGUUUCUGGGAAAGUUCCCGGUGUUAACUCCAAGUCAGGAAUUAGAAACACUGGCAAUUCAGGUUCAGCGGCAAGUUUGUCUGCUCAAUCUAAAGUCCUCAAACCUUCACAAGAAAAGGUGAAAGUAGACUUGAAAAGCACUCGGGAGUUAGAAUCCGAAGCGGCGUCUUGUUCACUGAGUUCUCGGAUAAAUGAAAGACUGCAGCAUCCAUGCAUCAUUCAAGGUGAUACUGGAAAAUUAGUUCUGGAUGAUGUAGAUAGUUGUACAUCUGAGAAGGUUUCUACUGCGAAGUGUGAAAAUGUCCAGAGCAACAGUAAGCUGCCGGUCUCAAGCUGCAAAAAUAAUGUACAAGAUGAUCAUAUAACUGAUGAUUAUAGGGAUGAGAAAAGGAAGAGUUGCUGGUCAGUAGAGGAAAUCUGUGCUUUACCGCUUAAACAUGGUCCAAUUUUCAAAGUUUCCAUGGAUUCUGAGGUGCAGGAUCAUUCUGUCGAUGAGUCGACACUGUUUAAUAACUGUUCACAGUCGAAAGUCAGCAGUCCUGGGGAAGAAGAUAUCUGUACUACCAAUGAUUUUAGUGGAGCUCUUGCUACAUUGAAUGUACAGGUACAACCACUAAAUGAAUGCUUGCACCCUAGCAAUGAAGACGAGAUUAGUCCUUUACUUUCUGGAGAAAAAGAUGCGUCGAUUGUUAAUCAUUCUACAGAGAAUGCAAUAAAGCAGCCUGAAGUUUUAGAUUAUUCCACUGCAGACCCAGCUUACGUUGGGGAUUUUGCUUCAAUUAAAAGUGAUGUAGAUGAAUUAUCUUCUCCAGAAAAUCAGUUAGGCUUUACUGAAUCUGCAUAUGUUUCUUUGGGGCCUGUGGAAGCACCGGGUUGUGUUCAAUCACCAUGCAACCAUCUUGAGGAAGAUCCAGCGUCGAACUCUAUUCUGUGUGAUCACAGCAUGGUGUGUGAUGGCCAAGCUGCAUUAGAAUCGGAGAAGAGAAUUGAAGUAAGCGAUAGCACCGAGACGUGUGAGGCUAUCGGUCCAUCUCCAGAUUGCAAAGACUGGUUUAGAGAUUCUGAAGAACAGCAUUUCUCGUGCCAAUUAGUCCAUGAGGUGAAAGAAAGUGGUAGAGAAAUAGAUGUCUUGACAAGAAAUGAAAGGGAAGAUAACGGUCCUGAUAUGCAGAUAGACUACUUUACUGGUUCUUCUGAUGUUCAACAGGAAAUGGAACAAGUGGAACUACUAAUGCCUUCCCCUGCUGUAGCUAGGAUGGAGAAUAAACCUCUGGGAUCAUCUCAUGAACCAUUCCCUGAGAGGCUAACAUAUGAAGAACAGAGGCAAUACAACUGUUCCAGUGCUGCAAUUACAUCUGGUGUAAAGGCUGGUUGUGUAAUGAAACAGACUGACGAACUGCGAACAUCAGAUGUUUUUUCUCCAGCAAAAGAUGCAUCUGCCGCUGUUUUUUCUUAUUCAAAUGAAGAGGAGCCUGAGGAUAACUCAGAGCUGGAAGACAUGGAUCUGGUUACUGAGUCAGAUUCAGACGAGGAGCCUGAGGAAAUUUUGGAGCUGAAAGAGGUGCAUCUGGCUACUGAGUCAGAGCUCAUCAGUAACCUCGAUGAGUAUUCUGUCAAAGACCAAGAAUAUCCCAAAGUAGAAACUAUCCACACUGCAUCGGACCUGUGUGGAAAAAUCAGUUCCUCGGCUUCUAUAUCUGUAGAUCCCAAGAGUCUAAAUGAGGAUUCCAGAAUCUCUGAUGGCAUGUCGAAAGAGGAUUCAACUUAUGGACUUAUUGAGCAUAACUAUGUUGAAAAAGCUAAAAUGCAGACAGAUACUGAAAAAAGUUUCAGUGCUCUCGUUACUGAUCAAGAAGUUGGCUCUCAUGAAGAAGAGGAUGUACAAGUUGUAAAUAUAUCUCCUGGUGCGGUGGCAUUUGCAAACAGAGUGGAAGAAUCAGGAACUCCAAUACCCACGGAUGAGGCUUUCUCAGUCAAAGACGAUAUGCAUCCUAAUGAGUUCAAUUUGUUGAGCGAUGACACUUUAACAUCAGAAAGCAAUGGAGACCGUGCUUCUGAAAGUAGCAGCAGUUGUACAUGUUCAUCAGAAGGCAUACCACUGGAUCUUAAACUUGAGAAGAAACCUGAUCCUAUUAUAGUAAAGCCUCCAAAUGGUGUUCCAUUUUCUGACGAGUGGUUAGCUGCAAUUGAGGCUGCUGGAGAGGAAAUCUUAACACUUAAAGGUGGACGUGUGCAACAUUCACCAACCGACAAAUCUUCUCCUGAACCAAGUCCAUGGUCUCCGGUCAAGAAGAAGAACAAUCAAGGAGUAGGACCAUUUGACUGUACAAAGUAUACAAACAAAGGUCUUCCUCCUGUUUUAGACUGA